UUUUGAAAUAGGAAGGAAAAGUGCAUCAGGAUCAAUACCUACAUAGAUUCGCAGUUUAUUGAUUUAUGUAAAGAUGUAAUUCAGAAUAAAUAUAUAAGCUUUUAGCUUUUAACAGAUAAUAUACCGUCAAUUUCAAUAAACAUGGUUUCUCGAAUGUUUACAAAACAAAGACUGGUAAUUUCGUUUAUUAUUUUAUUAGUGGUUGUUAGCGUUAUAUAUUUUUAUUUAAAUUAUAUUCAAGAAAAUUAUGAAAGAUCACAGGUGUCUAAUGAUCGAUGUUUCACAGAAUUGACUUCAGUAAAAUACCAACUUAAUGUGGUAACGGAAUACAAAAACAGAAUUGACAAACUGUUGACUGAAACGGAGAAGAAACAUAAGUUAGAUAAGGAACGUUUCAGAGAUAUAAUGGAGAGUUGUGUUGCUAUGAAACAGCAAUCUAUAAUAUGCCAGAGUCAAUUUGAAGAUCUACAAAUUGAAUGUAAAAAAGUCAAAGAGGGAUAUGAUAAAGUAAAACAAGAUAAUGUGGAUAAUAUAAAAAAAAAUGUAUAAUUAUGUUAUUAUUUAUUGUAAAUUGUAUUUAAAUUCAUAUAUUUAAUUAAUAUUAAGGGGCCAAUCAUAGAAACGAGUGCACAACUUUUCUAUAUUGACUCUUUAUUUUCCUUUACAUCAAUAAUUUGUUUCGUAAGUGAUAACCAAUACGCACACAAAAACUUUAAUUAUAUAAGUAAAAUUAAAAUACAUAUUAUAUAAUAUUUUAAUAAUAACAGUCUAAUUUUAAAAUAUGUGAUGCUUUACAGUUUAUGAAUCACAGCUGGAGCUGUACUGUAAAUAAAUAAAGUAUACUUAACUGAAUUUAUUUCACAAGUAAUUUAAGACAUCUUGAAAAUAAUAUUGCAUUUACUUAUUCAAUCUAUAAAGUGGUCACUAUUAAAUAUAUAAUAUAACUACAAGAAUUUGGUGUUAAAAGGCUCUUUUAAGCUUUUCUUAAUCUCUGGUUAGAUAAAGUAGUAUGGUACUUAAAAUAAAAUAUAAUAUACUACUUGAUCAGUGGCAGAUUUACUGGUAUGAUGUUGCAGGAUUGUAGCUAGGGUGACUUGAUUAACAUUUUUUUAUAAAUUAAAAGUGAAAAUCUCCAAAAUCCAUAAAAUUAUUUAAAACGGAUUUUUUGUAUUGCGAAAAUAAAUCUUCAAGACAU